AGGCCCUCAAUAUCACCUCUUGUCCUUAGAGGCCCUAAAUAUCACCUCCUGGCCCACACAUCUCUGACCCUGUGCCACGUACAGAACUCUUUCCGAACACAUGACCUGACAAUAUCAGACACGGAGGGCUCUUCGUUCUGGUUGCCGCUCUAUGGUAACAUGUGCUGUCACCUCGUGGCCCAACCUGUUUGUAUGACUCAAGCUGUUAUGUGUGGAAAACUCAGAAUUCGGUCAGGGAGCAAUCCUGAGGACUGGAGAGAUGUCUACGGUGUUCUGAGUGGGUCAGAUUUAAAAUGUUACCAGCAGCAAGACGAUAGAGAUUCUUUAGAGACACCACUGUUCACUAUUCCCAUUAAUAAGGAGACCCGUGUGCGUGCCACAGAGAGAGAUCCGGCUCUACAUACUCACAGUAUCACCAUAACAAACCAGAGUGGUGAUGAGACCACAUACACAAUUGUCACGCACACAUCUGAAGACACGCAUAACUGGAUGGAAGCUUUCUGGCAGCAUUUCUAUGACAUGA